AUGGUUGGCAUGGUGUGGGUGAGGUCAGAAACGGUCUGCUGCGUCUCUACCUUCUGCCACACUGAGUUCUGUGGGUUUGCCUACCUGUGUGGAAAUAAUUUGAAGUAUCUUCAAAUAUAUAAAAAGAUGGCCUAUCACAAAGUGAAUGCAGACCAGAGAGCGCAGGGGCACUCUCCAUACCUGGACAAUGAUGAGCUCCAAGCCACAGCACUGGAACUGGAAUGGGACAUGGAAAAAGAGCUGGAGGAGCCUGGCUUUGACCAUUUCCGCCUGGAUGGUGCAGUCCCACGCCACUUGGGAAACUCUCAGAGCCCUGACCUUGAUCUUGAGUCCAUUCAGCCUUCAUCUUCUCCAAAAGGAAGAUUCCAACGGCUUCAGGAAGACCCCGACUACAUCUCACACUAUACGAGGCAGCCACCAAAGAGCAACCACUGCAGUUCUUGUCAGAUACUGAAAGUGUUUUGCACUGCUUUGGUUUUAUUUAUUUUUGGAACUCUAGUAGGAUAUUAUGCACGCAAGAGAUGCCCUCCUCCUCCAACAUCUCAAGAACCAAAUAACCCUCAUGUCUACCGUGAAAUUCUCAAGGAAAUCAAAGCUGAAAACAUUCAUCAGAUUUACAGAGAUUUGUUGCAGUUCUCUAGAGAAGAUGAUGUGGACACUGCAAUGAAAAUUCUGGUUCAGUGGACUUCCCAGGGCCUUGAAGAUGUUCGGCUGGUAAAUUACUCUGUUUUGCUUGACCUACCAGGCUCUUCCUCAAACACAGUAACCCUGAAACACAACGGUGAAUGCUUCUAUCCUAGUGGGCAACCAUGCAGCAGAGAGACCAAAACACUUCAUAGCCAAGACCUCCUGUAUUCGUAUGCAGCUUACUCUGCCAAAGGAACUCUUGAGGCAGAACUUGUGGAUGUGCAGUAUGGGACCGUGGAAGACUUGAUCCGGAUUCAAGCCAUUACGAAUGUGACCAAAAAAAUUGCACUUUUGAAGCUAGGACAAUCACCUUUGCUUUAUAAGCUUUCUCUCUUGGAAGAUGCAGGGUUUGGUGGUGUUCUUCUUUACGUUGAUCCUUGUGAUUUACCAAAGACUUCAGAUCUUGUCGAUAAAGCUUUUAUGGUUUCCUUGAACAGUGGAGGAGAUCCAUCAACCCCUGGCUAUGCCAGCAUUGAUGGAAGCUACAGACAAAAUGGACCGAACCUCACAACGCUGUUAGUACAACCAAUUUCUGCAAUGCUUGCCAAAAAGCUCCUUUCCUUACCUGAGGACACUGUCCAAAAAGGCAGGUGUAUACCCCUCCAAAUGCCAGCUACAGCCAAAAAAAUAAUCAGCCUGAAUAUUCAAUCAGUGACAACUUACAAGACCAUUUCUAAUGUUAUUGGAUAUUUAAAAGGAUCCAUAUUUCCUGACAGGUAUGUCAUCAUUGGUAGUCAUCACAAUAGUUUGAAUACUUAUGGUAGACAAGAAUGGGCCAGUAGCACCGCAGUCAUCACAGCAGUUAUACAAGCCUUGAUGCUGAAGGUUAAGAGAGGCUGGAGACCUGACCGCACCAUUGUUUUCUGCUCAUGGGGAGGAACACCAUUUGGGAACAUUGGUUCAUAUGAAUGGGCAGAGGAUCUCAGAAGAGUUCUUCAAAGAAAUGUUGUGGCUUACAUUAGCCUCCAUAAUCCAGUCAGAGGCAACUCAACUUUACACCCUGUUGCAUCCCCUUCUCUUCAGCAACUGGCAGCAGAGAGCCAGACCUUCAACUGCAUGGCAAAGACUAGAUGUCCAAGAGCUAACGUGAGUUCUGUGCAGAUACAGGGAGAUGCUGAUUAUUUCAUCAACCAUCUGGGAGUACCUGCCAUGCAGUUUUCUUAUGAAGACAUCAAAACAUCAGAGGAUUCUAGCUUUCUCUCUGAAGCUUUUUUCCCUGUACAUACAACAAAAUCUGAAGUUAUGGAUCCUUCCUUCCACCUGCAUGAGACCAUUGCAAAGCUAACAGGAGAAGUGACUUUGCAAAUCGCCACUGAACCGGUUUUGCCGUUUAAUGCCCUUGACAUCGCAUUAGAAGUUCAGAACAACCUUAAAGUGGCAACUGUCUUGCUCUUACUUUUCCUAGGUGAUGAAGUCGAUGUUCCUCAGUUGCUUGCAGUGGCAGCGCGUCUGAGGGACACGGCAGAAUUGUUCCAAUCAGAUGAGAUGCGCCCAGCUAAUGACCCCAAGGAGAGAACUCCUAUCAGAGUCAGGAUGCUCAAUGAUGUGUUACAAAGCUUGGAGAGAAGCUUCCUGGUUCGGCACGCUCCUCCAGGACUUUACAGAAAUAUUCUUUACAGACUAGAUGAAAGGACAAGCCAGUUUUCAGUACUGCUAGAGGCACGGGAGCGCAGCAAACUACAUCAGUCAAAUGAGACCCUUCAAGCAGCCUUGUCAGAGGUGCUGAACAGCAUCAAUUCAGCUCAGGUUUACUUCAAAGCAGGACUUGAUGUGUUUGAGACUACCUUAGCUGGAGAGAAAUGAGAGGAUUCUCUGCAUUCUAAGACGUUUGUUUACAACUUGCUAAACAAAAGUUCAACUUGGACCAGAAUUUCUCCAAGGAUGAAACCUUUCUCAACUUUUCUUUCAGUUGGCGCUUAAAGGUACUGCAAUGCGUUGUCUACAUGAGUAUGAAACAGUCUUUUGCACUGUUCACAGUAUAGCUCAAAUGUCUGUUUCUGAAUGUAUAAAACGUAAUGAGAGGGAAUAACAAGAUAGAAUUUUUGGAAGGAUAUCUACUGUAUUUUUUAUUGUAAAGUAUAUUUUUGUGACUAAGAGCUCAAGUACAGAGCGCAUUCUGCAAUAUGCUGAAGACACGAUUCUGAGACACCCCAGGUGUAUACCCAGGUGAGCUUCCCAUGAAAUAUUCUGUUAGAAAAAUGUGA